CGUUACAAUCACAAUAUAGCCUAUAUUUCAAUGCAGCACCAGGAUCCAUCAAGUGCGGCUGCGGCUUUGACCGCGCCGGGCGUGCGCGCGGCGGCUACGGGCGCCGGUAGCGGUGAACCGUCAGGCGCCUCUCCUCUUGCAGGUCCUGGUCAGAUGAUGAGCCUCGCGGCGCGGGCGAGCCAGGCAAACAUGCAGCCGCGCCAGCAGCAGCCGAGCGCAGUUCAGCUCCCGACAAAGCGCGCCCUCGGCCUGAGUCCGUCUCUCGCGCCGCCCGCUAAGAGGCAGUGUGCAAAGCAGUCGCCUGCAAUGGUGCUGAGCGGCGGGUGGACGCGUGUUGGCGCCUCGGCAGCUGCAGCGGUGCCAGCAGGAGCGUUCGCGGCGCCUGCCACCGUGCAGGCCGCCACUGCCGGUGCACGCGUGAGUGGCCAAACCACAGCAGCCACACCAGCCACUGUACAGCCCAAGACGCCGCAGGCAGGCGCGCGGCGGCGGCUGAUGCCUGCCACCCGCAAUGCGCUGCUGCAACACCAGCAGCAGCAGCAGCAGCAGCAGCAGCAGCAAGCGGAGAGAUCGGACGCCGCUGCCCCUGGCCGCAGCGCAAGCGUGGGGACGGCAGCAGCAGCCGCAGCAAUAGAGGCGGCUGCAGGCGCGGGACCAGGGCUCGGGGCACGGGUUGCUGAGCCGGCGGUGAAAGUUGAGCCUGCCGACUCUGCUGGGGAGGGGGGAAAGGCGCAUCUCUGCCGCGACGGUGCGGACAGCGAGCCGGUUGGGGGCAGCAGGGCUGGCUCCUUUUGCCACUGCGAGAAGCUGUGCGCGCACUACGGAUUGGCCGGCAGUGUGACCUGCAAGCGGGCCCAGAAGCAGACCCGGCCACACGGCUUCUACGUGUCCCGGCGGCGGCUGGAGCGGAUGUUCGGAAGCCAAUGUCCGCCGCCGCCCGCUGCCGCCUGCUACGUCAGCAACAGUUGCUGGGGCCAGCUGGUGAAGGUGAUUGAAGGGCACCGAGCUAGCCCGGCGGAAGCGCCGCCGCCGCUGCUCAAGGAGGAUGCGCCGGGCCUACCCCGCCAGGUACGGCUGCGCUCAGCCCUAAAGCUCCAGCAUGCGGCGGGGCAACAGUACGAAGCGGGCGGGCGCACCUCAAUGGCAGUGCCGCCGCCGCCACCAGCAGCGGUGGCGGCAGCACAGCCCGCGGCGGCACCGAGGACAGUUGCAGCAACGGCGACAGAGGCUGGAGCAGGAGGGGCCGCAGCUUUCGGCGAGCCAGGCGUCGUGCACCACACUGAAGUGGCACCGCAGCCACGGCCAGCUGGGGCUGUGGCAGCGGCUGUGCAGCCCGCUGUGCAGUCAGAGACCACGACGGCGGCAGAGGCCACAGAGACGGGGCUGCUGCGGCCAGAGCCAGACCCGGCUGGGGCAGCUACAGGGGCAGCUGCGGGCAUUCAGCAGCAGGCGAAGGAAGCAGCGACUCGCAUGGCCUCUAUCGGAGAGUCGUCGUGUUCAGAUGAGGACGCGGGAGUGCAGCAGGAGGGGCGGCAGGACCAUGGAGUGGGCGACAGCGCUGGAGGACAGAGCGACCCAGAUGGCGGCAGGGACCAGCGCCCCGACGGCCGCGUCUGCAACUGCCGGGCAUUGUGCCUGCACUACGGGCACAGCGAUACCGUAAGAUGUGCGGUACCGCUGGUUGCCAGGCGGUCGGGUGGCAGGCUGUACGGCAUGCGCUUGUCCGCGCAGCGGCUGGAGCAGCUGUUUGGUUGCAACCACCCGCCGCCGCCGGCGGACAGCUGCUUUGUUAGCGAGCGGUGUUGGGCGAAGUUGGCUCGCGUGUUCAGCAGCGGCAAGGUCCUGUCCAGCAGCAUGCCCACGCCGCCGCUUCUUGGGUGGCAGCCGGUGCAGCUGGGGGCUUCCUAUGGCCCCGCGCUGACGGUGCUGCACGUGGUCAAGCACGGGGAAAUGGCAGUGCCACCCGUGGGUGCGGCGGCGGAGGCCACUGGCACGGUGGGGGAUGGGGCGGCAGCGGUGGAGGCGAGGGAAGACAGCGGCGGCACCGGCACCGGCGCGGAGCCUGCGAUUGCGUCAGGGAGUGGGGCUGGCGGUGGCGGCGGGCCCAACAGCAGCGGAACGUCGGUGGCGGCACCUGCCGUCGCAGUGUGCAGGUCACUGUGGAGCAAAUGGGGGCUGCGAAAGGUGGCUGCCGGUGACGCCGUUAUCCUGACUGCGAAUACCGCCUCGUGCGAGUAUUCUGCGUGCAUCCAGCCGCGGCAGAGGCCAUCAUCGGCGUGCCGUGUGUCCGCCUGCGCCGGUGGCCGCAAGAGCUGCUGUGUGUUUGCACUGGCGCGGGUGAGGCGAGUGCUAGAGCGCGCGACAGUCACCAGCCAUGCAACCGGCGCCACCGACAGAGCAGCUGCAGCCGGGGACCCGCUCACCACAGCCGCGGCCCUCACCAGCAGCGAUGAUCAAGACCAGUUGUGGGUGGAGCUGGAUCCCGCCAGCUGGGUUUGGCUGGACAACGUGCCCUGGGAGCAGAUCAAGCUGGACUCGGGUAUGGCAGGGACAUGCAGGAGUAUGCGCCGACUAACUAAGACGCCGGCGCUGCAGCACUACGCGGACGCGGUGGAGGGCCUGCUGCAGAGCGCAGCGGCCCGCGGCGGAGCCGGCGCCACCACAUCAGCAGCCGUCAAUAGCGGUGCGGCCGGCGAGGGAAUGCAGCUACUGCCAACGCUGCCGCCCCACCCAUGCGGCCACUUCCUCAGGUCCCGUAUCAAGGGCCUCCUUCACAGCACUGCUGCUGCCGCUGCUGUAGCCGCUGCUGGUGAAGAGGGCGGUGCGCCUGCAGCGGCAGCCUCCAUUGGCGGCGUAGACGGCGGCGAUGGUCGCCCUGGGCUCAGCCGCUGUGCGACGGCAGCAGCCACACCUGCCGGUGUGGCGCCAGCGACAGCAGGCCACAGCAAUGAGCCUGCGGCGGCAGCUGCCCGUCCGGACUCAGCUACAGCGGUGGUGGAGGGCCAGCAGCACGGCGGUGGCAGCGAUGGGGGCCGGGUGAUGUCAAUAGGCUGGGCGGAAGCCAUGCGCUAUGAGCAGGAGGCGGAGCGCCGCGCAGGAGCACUCGCGGCUGCUCUAGCCACGGCAGAGCACCAGCAGCGGGGCACGCCCCUGCGCCAACAGUCCCAGCAGGCGCCUACUGGCGCAGCGGGUGUGGCCGUGGCUGGGGAUGCUGCGUGGCAAGCAGUGCUGCGACUGCCUCCGCUGGUGGCUGCAGGUGCUGCCAGCGCUGAGCCUGCUGCUGGGGCCGGCGCUGUGGCAGCCGCAGCAGAUGGACCGGCCCCGGCUGUGGCUUCGAAGUCGAGCUCAGCCUCAGAUGGAGAUGAGGAGAAGCUGGUGGAGGAUCCCGACGACGGGAGCGGCAGUGGGCUGGAGAGCGACCCAGAUGACCACAUCGCUGAUGCCCGCAGCGCCCCGUGUGGUGCCAGGCGCGCCUGCAACUGCCAAGCGCUGUGUCAGCACUACGGCUGCACGGACAAGCUGAGCUGCAGCAAGCCGUGGGGGGUGGAGCCAGGGAAGCUCAGCAGAGGGUUCAGUGUGUCAUCGGAUCAGCUGGAGCGGUUGUUCGGCGGAGAGUUCCCGUCGCCGCCGGAGAGCAGCCGCUUCGUCAGCGUCCCGUGCUGGCAGAAGAUGCUGCGCGCCUUUGGGGGGCUUGCUGCUAGCAAGAAAGGGGCAGGGAACACACGAGCUGGGAGGCCCCGGCAAGUGAGGCCGGCAAGCGGGUCAGUGGUCGUACCCCCCAUGGGGCUCCAGCUGCAGCCUGCGCAGCUGAGAGCUUCCGAUGGCCCAGCGCUGACGGUGCUGCACGUGACCAACUACGCGCACAUGGCGGUGCCGACCGCCGGAGCGGUAUCUGGGGCGGCGGCGAUGGAUGGGGAGGGCAACGGCGUCGCCGGCCGCGGCGCCGAGUCCGGGGCUGCAUCACACAGUAGUGGAGAUGGCGGAGGCAGCGCCGUGGCAGCACCUGCCGUCGCGAUUCGCAUGCAACAAUGGCACAGAUCGCGCCUGGAUAAGCUGGCCGCGGGCGAUGCCGCCAUCCUGACCAUCAACACCUCGUUAUCCAAGUAUGCCCAGUACAUCCGGCCGCACCAAAGGCUUGCGGGGCUAGAGGGCAGCAGGACGUACUCGUGCUGCGCCUUUGCCCUCGCAAGGGUUCGGCGUGUGCUGCAGCCGGCAGUGACCUUGACCCCGGGUCAAGACGGCGCAGUCAACAACGGCGGCGAGCCUGACGCGGCCGGCACUGCCGCUGACACGGGCGCUGCCGGCGGCCCCAGUCGCACCAGCACCCAGCAAACUACGGGAGCCGGCGGCAGCCGCAGCACUGCCCUGAAUGAGAUGUGGGUGGAGCUGGACCCGAGCAGCUGGGUGUGGCUGAGCAAUGUGCCCUGGGUGCAAAUCGCACUGGACCUGGGUACGCAUGCGGCUUGUCAGAGCACACGCCGUGUCGACAAGACGCCGGCGCUGCAGCACUACGCGGACGCGGUGGAGGGCCUGCUGCAGAGCGCAGCGGCCCGCGGCGGAGCCGGCGCCAGCACAUCAGCAGUCGCCAAUGGAGGCGCGGCCGGCGAGGGAAUGCAGCUACUGCCAACGCUGCUGCCCUAUCCAGGUGGCGGCUUUCUCCAGUACCACAGUGCUGUACCCCAGGCGAACCUCCAGGAACCUCCUGCUGCCACCACCGCUGGGGCCGACAGUGCCGCUAUGGGUAGGUGCAGCCUCGCCAUAGCAGGCAGGCGCGACAGCACCUCCAGCGACCACUGUGCACUGAUGGCAACAGCCUCAGCAGCAGCUGUUGGGUUGGCGGUUGGGACAAGUGAUGGCGGAGAUGCAGGAGCGCUGCCUCUGGGGACGGGCGCUCACAUGCAUGCAGCCACGGCGGCAGGGCCCGAGGCGCAGGAAGGCCUGGACAUCGGUGCGGGCGGCGGGCGCCAGCAGCCGGCAGCGGCGGCUGAACCGGCAGGUGUCCAUGAUGCAGCUGCGGCCAGGCCUGACGGCACGGCAGGAGCCGUCGCCUCGCCGCCAGUCCCGUGUCUUGCCGGCCCCGCGGUGGUGCGCUCGCUAGGUACUGGUGGUCCCGCGGUGGCACAGGCACCUGGACCACCCGCAGAUGCCGCUGGGGCGGCGGGCAUCGACCUGCCCAUGAUCGGCUUUGGCAUCACUGCGCCGUACUCGGGCAAUGCCGUGGCUGCCCGCGCCGCGGUCCCCACGCCCGCACAGCAGCAGCAGCAGCAGCAGCAGCAGCAGCAGCCACAGCAUUGCGCGGCUGGGCAUCAGGACGAGGACUGGGUGGACGCGGUGGUUCAGGACCUGGACAGGCGGGUCAGCUGGACCGCCGCCACCAACCAAGCCCUGGUGCAGACGGCGGUGACGGUGCGGUUGCAGGCGGAUGCAGCGGUGGCAGAGGCGGCCCGGCGGCUUGCCGUGGCAGAUGUACAACAUCAGAGGGAGCUGCAGGCUGCACGGGAGCAGGCGGCUCGGGAGCUGGCGACAGCUGCAAAUCAGCGUGACGCCGCGGACACGGCCAAAGCAGCGGCGGAACGACAGCUGGAGGAAGUGAUGCGGGAACGGGACGCAGCGCUGGCGCAGCGGGACGAAACGGUACUGCAGCUGCAGCGCGAGCUCAAGGAGAUGCGGCGUCAAACGCACUCGGCGGUGAUGGCAGCAGCCAAUGCGGCCCACGAGCAGGUGGCGCGCGCGGACCAGGAGAGGCGGGCUGCCCAGGCCCUGAACGAUAAGCUGCGGCUGGCACUGGCGAAGGCGCAGCAGGCGCUGCUGCCGCCGCCGCCCAGCUGGCAGGGGCCACAGUAGCAGCCGGGGCAGUAGAGGCCGAUGUAGUAUAAGUGGAGCGUGCAAGCCGUGGACACGCACUGCCGCUCCUGACAUACCUGCGCAAGCUCUGCGAGGCCGCGCGCAUGCGAGUGGAUACGACUUUUGUGCGUAGUGCCAAUCUUUGGAGUUAGCACCACGGUAGUCAGAGGGGGGAAUGGAGGAACAAGCAGAAAUGGAGGUUGUGCUGGUGACGGCCUUGUAGGGAGUGGGGCAGCAGUGGUGAGCCGUGAGCGUGCAGACGGAAUGCCACGGUGGCGUAGUCAGCAGUUAUCUUUGAAGCAGAGCUGGAGUAGGGGCAUUUGUGGUUUACCAAGAUGCGGGAUAAGCUGCUGAAUGUUGACCUGUCGUAAUGUUGGGCCGCAACAGCUGACAUGUGCGUUGAGCCGCAUCAGUGGGCGUGCGAUGGGACAGUUGUAAGGCAGGUUGGUGAAGUCCCUCAGUGCAAGGGCACAGCGUCACCACUGUGUUUCUGAACUCCAUCCCACAAGUAUGUAUUACGUUUAGGAGGAACGGUACGAUGUCAUAUGCCUUACUUCUGGUUGCAACACUUCUAAAUGCAAAAAGACCCUGAAAGGGUUCAACAGCUCAAGAGAAUCUGGACAGUAUGGCGAUGUCUUAGUCAGCUACCACCCCGUCUACUGCCCUAAUCCUAUAUCCAAACGCAUGCGCUGGCGUCCGCAACAUGCGAAACAUUGUACUUCUAUCAAUGCUCGCUUGUUUCAUCCAUACCGUGUCCUAAAGAUGAAUGAACGAAUUUGGGAGACCGCACGAAAGAAAGACAGUCCUCGACAGCAACGGACUGCACCCUUGUGCAGGGGGAAGGCUUUCCACGCCACGGCUGGUAGCCCUGCGGGUAUCACCUGGACAUGGCACGCUACGUGCCCGCGCACUGUUUUACGGAUCACGCGCUCUUUACCCGCAUCAGUAAAGAUCUCGGUCUGGGUGUGCUGCUUUUCGGUCGGCGGGGCAAGGCACGUGGGGAACUUGGUCGCAAAGGGUCGCAAGACAGGUGCGGAUGUGGGGUCUCGGCUUGGGUCUCGGUGGGAUGUGGGUGGGGUCUCGCGCCGGCUCACACUCUUCACACUCUUGCACAGGCUGUGUUCUAGGGCCCGAUGUAGAGACAUGGCGGCUAGGCCACGGAAAAGAACAUCAGAACUGUCACACGGCAUGUAGGGGCGUCCUAGGGCAUACAUCUCCCACGGCGGGCAUCUCAGGAGGGCUCUGAACAGGCCCGAAUCAGAAGCAGCCAUUCAUAUGACACCAUGCAGCAAGCUUUCGGGUGCAGAUGCUCAGUCCUGGUGAGCACGACUUUGUUAGCCAAUCA